UUGACUUAAACUGGAAAAUGCCUCGUCCCGAUUGGCUGUCGUGGCUGUCAUUAAAUUGCGAGCUUCCAAUGCACUUGCGCUGACCCAAUAACAUCCACGGCGCUGCAGCCACCUUGAGAGAAAUGAGCCGAGGGAGGAGAGGCCGGUACCUCACGCUGUAUAGGACUCCAUCGGCAGCUGCAGUAGCUGAUCGGAAGCGUCCCUUCUUCUCUGUGUGCGGCACGCGGAUGAAGAAGCUCCUCUCACCGGGUGGUGGAAUCGAUUUGCGCAACUGAAGUGGAUUAAUUCAAUGUGGCAGUUAUUAUUGCUCCAUAAAAGUGUGUACCGACAAAGACCUAUGCACAUAUAGACAGUAGCGCGCAGUGAUAGUAUGCAAUCAAUGAAGCAAGAGGUGGUCUCCUCUGAGCCCUACAGUGAAGAGGACACCUUGCAAGGGGCCAGCAGAGACAUGAUAGGCCACAAAGUCUCUGCAGCUCCGUUCAAGUCUAAGACUUCCUGUCGCAGGAAAAGAGAGUUUAUCCCAGAGGAGAAGAAAGACAACCUGUACUGGGAGAGGCGUCACAAAAACAACGAGGCGGCCAAACGCUCCAGGGAGAAGCGCCGCAUAAAUGACAUGUUUCUUGAGAACAAGCUGAUGGCCCUCGGAGAAGAAAACGCCUGUCUCAAGUCUGAGCUGCUAUCACUGAAGCUGAAGUUUGGCCUUGUGAACUUGGCGGCGUACACCGAAAAACUACAGAAUUCAUCCAGCUCCGCCAAUCGCAACCUCUACCAGGAGUUUGUUCCACACAAUGCCGGCCAAAGUUCUUCCAGCAGCGGUUUGGAGCCUCAUCACUUGCGCAGCAGCUGCAUAUCAGUUAUCAAGCAUUCGCCUCACAUGCCUGAGACUUAUACAGCAACUCACAGAAGCUCUGGUAUGUGCAGGACUGCAGGUGUCAAGCAGGAACCAGCAGCGCACAGCAACUACGAACAAGAGAGAAGCAGUCCCUGCGAACUGUACAGGAGCUACAUGGCCAGCCCUUUGCCUGAAGUCUACUCCCAGCCGGCUUCACUCCUGCAGCUCUCCAGGUCGGCCAGUAACUCUCCCAGGAGCUCAGACGACGGGGCUGUGAGCAAAUCAUCAGAUUGCGAUGACGAGCAGCAGGUCCCCAAAGGGUUGGCGCCGUCUCUAACUGACCCGAGAAGCGUAAUCGUCUCCACACACAAAGUGCCAGACGCCAGUUCUUCAGCUUUGCCCCAUAAACUGAGGAUCAAAGUCAGGAGCGUCCCAAUCAAAGUGGAGGCUGUUGACGCUGAAUACGAGUCCUCUGGGAAGUCCUCCUCACCCGGCAGAGGUUCAGAGGGAGGAUGCUGUUGGGCCACCCUGAACUCUUACUCCCCCCCCUGCCCUUUGUCCUUACAGGUCACCAACAUGCAAGACUGGACCCACCAGUCAGAGCAGUGGCAUAGGAGCAGCACAGAGCCCCACCUCUAAUACAACCAUGGCAGAUUCUAACACAGGGCCCCGCCGGUCUGUGACAUGAGUCAUUAGCCGCAGGAGGUUUCUCUGCAUGACUUUUUUUGUAUUAUUUUGCAUUUCCACUGUAUUUGUUGUACAACAAUGUUUUGAUUACAGACAAUAAGGUGUUCAGAUAAUAGCUGUUGUUCACUCAUGGAGGUCAAGCUGUACUGUAAGAGUUAACAUGGCCAAUUGAGUCCACUGUACAAUUCCGCUGCACUAAUUCUGUCAAUACAACAGUGAUGUCGUACUCACCACUCCUCAGUUUCUCCGCUCUCACACACCUAUGCUGUAUUAUUUGUUGUUUGAUUCCAUCAUUUGCCUCCAUAAUUUUAUUACAGCUUCAUUAAAUUCCUACCUAAAUUACGUCCUUAAAUGAAGAAACUUGCUGGAGGGAAUGCUUCCUCCGUUUGUGGGCGACUGUGUGCGAGUGGGGAGUAGGUCGUCCUCCAAUCAGAGGGUUGUUGGUUCGAUCCCAGGCUUAUCCAACCCGCAUGCCGAUGUGUCCUUGGGCAAGACACUUAACCCAACAUCGCUCCUGUAGCUGCG